CGGACACUGCUUGUUAUUGAGCAUAACAAAACUAACCAGCUUUCUGCAUUUAGCUAAACUAUACGUUCCCUAAACUUCUGAGAUUAACAAGUAGCUAACGUUCGUUAUAAAGUGCGAUGUUUGUGUGUUAGUAUCUUAACAACACUCGUGUCAUGCGGGAUUAGUUCUAAUUUUUUCGGAAUAGUUUUAGAGUAUUUUUAGAUAGCUAGGUAGCUAACGCUACAGAUUCUGCUGGCUGUCGUUAGCCACAUUAGCAUUGUCUAAUAUUGGUAUGCUACGCGUUGACUGGUCGAAAACCGCAAUACUGUCUGUGACUAAAAAUUACAUCUUGGCGUUCCCACCCAACGUUAAAUUAGGUAACGCUAACGGAUAUACACACACAUCUGCUUGAAUACUCAUCUUAACGUCAUCGUAUAUCUUGUCUUACACGGACAGAGAUCAUUUGGGCUAGUUAAGCAACGCAGGGAAGUAGAAUGUGACAGCAAUGGGUAAAGCUCGUUGCCACCCACUGUAGCUGCUGUUUUGUCAGUUUAGUCAUGCAUGACUCGAAGUGUCCAUGGUUGAAUAGAAGACCAUCCACUUCAUAGUGGUGAGAAGGUUAAUAACCAUCCGUGUGAGGUAUUAGGAUUUGUUGAUCUGCAAAAUGCCUGGAAUCGUGGUGUUUGGUCGGCGGUGGGGGAUCGCCAGUGACGACCUUGUUUUCCCCGGCUGCUUUGAACUGUUCGUCCGAGUACUUUGGUGGAUUGGUACCAUGAUCCUGUUCACUUACCACAAGGGGAAUUUUGAUUGUAAUGGCAGAGGAGUUCUUCACAGCUAUCUGGUUGGACUGCUGGUUGUGCUGGCGCUCAUCAUCCUGUCACUGUGUGCUAUUGUCUACGUCAGUGCUCAAGGGACUAUUACAAACCCUGGCCCACGCCGUUCUAUCCCUGCGCUGGUGUACCUGCGAGCUCUCCUGUACAUCCCUGAGCUGGUGUGGGCCUGUCUGGGAGCUGUCUGGGUUUCUGAUGACAGCCAAGGCUGUGAUCCUGCCACAGUGGGAGCUGUCAUUGCAGCAGUGAUUGCCAGCUGGAUCAUCCUGCUCUUCACUGGGUUAGGCGUGGUGUUUGUGUUUGACCCACUGGGCAAUCCCCGUCCUCAGCCUGCUGCCAUGGAGCCACUGGGAGUACGAGACCUGGAGAGCAACGAGGGCACCCAGUUCCUCUCCACAGCUCGCUCCCUGGCCGUCAAGGUGUGGGAGAGCAGGCUGCGGCUCCUGUGCUGUUGUUUGCCGCAGGAUGAAAGCCACCGAGCAGCAUUCUCCAGCAUUGCACAGCUCUUCAGCGGAUUCUUCUCUGACACAGACCUGGUCCCCAGCGACAUAGCAGCUGGUUUGGCUCUGCUGCACCAGGAGCUGGAUAAGAUGGAGCAAAGCAGAGACCCAGAGGUCAUAGUCGAUCACAGCCCUUCUUCUCCUAUUGGAGAAGAUUUAGAGACAGAGUUGGAGAAAGCAGCUCACUGCAUGAAGUUUGCUGCAGCAGCUUAUGGCUGGCCGAUGUACGUUUACUCCAACCUCCUUACUGCGCCCUGCAAGCUCAGUGGAGACUGCUGUAGGAGCCGUGCGGCCGAGUAUGACAUCGUUGGAGGAGACCACCUGGGCUGUCAUUUUUCAUCCAUCCUGCACAGCACUGGUUUGCAGUACAGAGACUUCAUCUACGUCAGCUUCCACAACCAGAUCUAUGAGAUCCCCUUUUUCGUGGCUCUGGAUCAUAAGAGAGAGGCUAUUCUGGUGGCUGUCAGAGGAACACUGUCACUGAGGGAUGUCCUGACAGACCUGUCUGCUGAAUGUGAGAACCUGCCUAUAGAGGGAGUGUCUGGAGCCUGCUACGCUCACAAGGGCAUUUGCCAGGCGGCGGGUUACAUCUACAAGAAGCUGGUCAAUGAUGGCAUCCUGAACCAGGCUUUCUCCAUUGCACCGGAGUAUAAACUGGUCAUCACUGGUCACAGUCUGGGUGCUGGUACAGCGUCACUUCUUGCUAUCCUAUUGCGCAAUUCCUUCCCCACCCUGCAGUGCUACUCAUUCUCUCCACCAGGGGGACUCCUGAGUAAAGCUUUGGCUGAUUACUCCAAAGACUUUGUGGUGUCGGUUGUGCUGGGAAAAGAUCUAGUUCCCAGAUUGAGCAUCCCUAACAUGGAGGAUCUGAAGAGAAGGAUACUUAAGAUAGUUUCCAACUGCAAUAAGCCCAAGUACCGCAUCCUGCUGCAGGGAUGUUGGUACGAGCUGUUUGGAGGAGACCCAGAUGACUUCCCCACUGAGAUGGACAACAGGAGGGAGGAGGAGCUUAGCCAGCCGCUGUUGGGGGAGGAGUCACUGAUGAUUCGCCACUCAUCGUCCUAUCAGAGCCUGGCGUCAGAUGACUCUCCUGCCCACACGGCGGCGCACUUACCUCUCUUCCUGCCCGGACGCAUUCUGCAUAUCACAGAGGAUGGGCCGUCACGGAGAUCCUGUUUUUCCCAGGUCCGGUAUCGUGCAGACUGGUCCAAUGAAAUGGCGUUCAGGAGUAUUUUGAUCAGUCCCAGGAUGCUUGCAGAUCACAUGCCUGACGCCAUGCUCCGAGCACUCAACAGUCUCACCAGUGACAAGCCCUUCUCCCUCUGCCCUUCGUCUUUAAACAACAGCCAGCAUAAUACAAUUUGAAACUUAUCAUAGAGACUGACUCCUUAUGUACACUAUUUGCUCCAAGACUCUGCAUUUGAAAGAUGGAUUAUAAUGGUAAUGAAACACAUGAAACUAUAGAGAUGACCUGUUGUGAUCUCCAUGAAUGAACCUGAUUUGUGAACUUGUUGGAGCACAAGUACUUUGUUAAAUUGCACUUUUAAUUAUUUAAUUCAUAUAAUUUGUUAUAUUUCAACUCUGAGUUACUCCAUGAGCAACUUUAUGCCAUGAUCUUUGAAUGUGCGUUGUAUACAAUAUUUGACAGUGCUGCAGAUUUACUGUGUUGUCAGUGUUCUACAUUUUAUGUUUGUGUGAGUGCUGUGUGGCUGGUAGAGGCUGCCCCCUGGUCACUCAAAGUGUCCAACGUUGUCUUCCUUGUCUGUGAGGAGGACUGAAGAGCAGUCUGAUCCUGGAUGCGAGGAUAUGGGGCUAAGUUUUACCUCAAAAUGUGCACGGAAGCAUUACAUUGUGUAGUAACUGUGGUUAGUCUGUCUUGUGUUUGAUGUCUUGACAUCAGGGUGAACAGUGCCUAUGCAUUACAGGAAAACAAGUCAACAGAAUUGCUUUACAGAAAAAGACUGAUGACUGCAGUGUGUUUACAGAAAGUUUUGGCCUGCAUUUUCUGCAAUGCAGUUUGAGUUGUGCAUGACGUUUGACAGACAAUGAUAGACGUAAGAGAUAGAAAGAUUGUACUUAUACAUUUUGUAGAAACCUGUUUACUUGUCAUGGACAUUAUUUUUUUCAGGUAAUGUAUCAUUAAAGUUUGAAUCAACUGAUGCCUGCAUAACUACUUCACAUCCUCAAUAGAAUGCAUUGGACUCCUUGAUGCAAAUAAAAGCUUUUGU